CUUAAAUCUGAUUAAAUAUAUUAUCCCACAACUAUUAGUGCUAAAUAAUUCAAAAUUUAUUAUUAUGAAAAUAAACACAAGACUGGUUUUUACAUUUACAAACCAAAACUUAUAAUAACCUUUUCGUUAAAGGUGUUUAAUUUAAAUAAACAUGAAGUCCAUGCAACUUUUAAAGUGUUUUAAAACGAAAAAUCAAGCGAUAAGAUGCGUGUCAAGCCUACAAAGCUUUAUGACGAAGCCCAGGGAGGAGGUUUUGUGCAAUCAGGCUGUUAAAGAUGCAGAAAAAAUUGUUGGUUAUCCCACUUCAUUCCUAAGCUUACGAUGGCUGUUAAACGAUGAAGUGGCCAAUAUUGCUUUACAUAUCAGGAAGUUAAUAGGAACAAAUCAUCCAUUAUUAAAUACAGCAAGGGAUUUAUUGUUGAAACGGGAUGUACCAGCUUGGGGCUUAAUAGUAUUGUUGGUAUCUAAAGCUGGUGGACUAAAUAAGCAUUUUUCUGAUAUGGAAUGUGAUAUUACAGCUGGUAUUCUACAUAGCCAAAGAGUAUUGGCUGAAGUAACUGUAAUGAUUAAAACCAGUAAUAUAGUCCAUAAUAGUCUUCUAAACAUCGAUAACAUGCAGUCAGAGGAUGUGGUAGAUUUAAAUUUUGGGAAUAAAAUUGCCUUACUAAGUGGUGAUUAUUUGCUGAGUAUAUGUUUUAGAGAAUUAGCUGGUUUAAAGAACCAGAAAGUAAACGAAAUUAUUUCGACUAGUUUAAGGGAUUUAGCUGAGGCUGAAUUCAUAGAACCAAGGGAUAAACAGAACAGACCACUGCCAGCAAAGCCUUUAAGUGUACAACAAGAUGUAGAAAUACCAAAUGAAUAUGGUACUGAACCUUUUCAAUUAACAAAGGUUUUAGGUAAUACAAAAUCAGAAUGGACAUUAAGGCAUAUACUGGGUGGUGGUAGUUUGCUUGCCAAAUGCUGUCAGGGUACAUUACAAUUAGCUGGACAUUCUGAUAACUUUCAAAAAAUAGGUUACACCCUUGGUAGAAAUAUUGCCCUUGCAUGGCAAACUAGGAUAGAUUUGGAAAUAUUUCAGGAAGACAACUUGGGUCCAUUUAGUCUAAUAUCAGCUCCUGUAAUGUUUCAUUUGCAACACGAUCCUAGUUUUUACAGUGAGAUUAUUAGUUGUGUUGAUGGUAAAGUUGACUAUGAAAAUAUUAGGAGGGUUGUAAAGAGUGGGCCAGGUUUAAGUGAGACUAAAAAACUUCAAAGUGAGUUUUGUGAUAAAGCAGUGAGUAUUUUGGGUAAUUUUACUGAUAGUGAUGCCAAGAAAGCACUAUUUAAUAUGAUCAGGGCUAUGUAAAAUAUUUAUAAUGUAAUAAAAU